UGGUUGCUUUUCGUGUUUUUCUUCAUAAAUGUCACUUCUGACGCAAGAGCUGCCUCCACAGAAAGGAACUCAGAUUCGCUGGAAGUGGUCAUUUUUAAUUCUUCGUCAAAAAAACCCGAGCACACCCAAGCAGACAGAAAUUGUCACACAGUUGCAGGAAUGGAAACAAUUUGUGAACCUUACUUGCGGUGUUAUUUUAACAACUCACCAGCAUGGACUGCAGUAAAAUGCAAUCGCAAUAGAUUAUAUGACAUGCUAUGUUGUUCUGAUGGGCUACAGGAUGGAAGUAUACCGAGUACGUUAAUUGAAAAUAUGUCUGUCAAUUAUUCUUCUGAAAAUACUUCCUCGCUGCAUUCUAUUCUGGAGCCCAUAAAAAGUUUUCUCGAAAGUGUACUGAUUCCAGUACUGGAAUCCUUGUCCACAACAACACAGCCUUCUAAAAUUUUCAGCGCUCACUCUGAAUUAGGCAAGAGCAAAAGAGCCACAGUGAUUCCACAUCAUAAAACUGCUGAAGAAUUAUUAAGCCUCUCAACGACAUCAACAAAAGUCCCCGCUGCAUAUGAUAUACUGCCAAGUACGGAAUUGGAUUAUGCAGCUGAUGAAGCUACUGUAUUACCCGAUAGAGCGUCAAUGGCAUCGCCUCCAAGACUUAGGUAUCCUGUAAUUCCAGAUGCAGUAAAAACGUCAGAGACGAAUACUGAUGUUUUGCCACAAAAUAGUCAAUCCACAGUAGAAAGUUUCACGUCUUCGUCAAGGGUUGGUUGUGGAAUAAGAUAUGAGGGAUAUGACAAUACUAGUCUGAGAAAAAUAUUUGAAGGCUUCGUUCUUGGAGGAUCAGAAACUAACUAUACUUGGCCUUGGAUGGCUUCUAUUCAUUCGUGGCAAAAGCCUACCGUCAGUCGUUUACUUUGUGGAGGAACGCUCAUCAGUCGACGACAUGUUCUCACAGCUGCUCAUUGCUUUGACGAUAACAGCAAGAUUAAGGUCAACUAUACUGUCAUGCUCGGAUCGAAAAGCCGAAUUCCUGAAACAGACGAUAAAAAUGUUUUUUAUGGGAGACAUGUGAGUGUUUCAAAUAUAAAAACACAUGAACAUUACGUUUCCAGAGUUCACUACCAUGAUAUAGCCAUCUUAACUCUCUCUGAAGACAUUGAAAUCAGCGAAAGAGUGCAGCCAAUUUGCCUACCCAAUGUGUCAGACACGGCGGCAGUUACGUCACGGGCUAAUGUUACAGUAACUGGCUGGGGACAUACGUCUUAUGGGGGAGAAAGCAGUAACAUUCUAAAAGAAGCCUCGUUGCAAAUUGUGGCCCUCAGCCGUUGUAAACUUGCUUAUGAAAACCUUAAAACUCGAGCUCUGUCUCAAGGUAUUACCACGAGUAUGAUAUGCGCUGGACAUCCUGAUGGAGGCGUGGACGCUUGUCAUGGGGAUUCCGGAGGUCCUCUAAUGAUCGAAAUAGAUUCAAGGUGGAUACAUGUAGGAAUUGUCUCGUUUGGCUUCUUGUGUGGUGUUGCAGAAUAUCCAGGCGUCUACACUCGAGUCUCUUCUUAUAUGCCAUGGAUUCAAAGAAUUGUAGCCGAAGAUAAUAACUGAGCACAAAUUAGAUUUUUUUUUAAAUAUACGUUCAGAUGUAUUUCUUACACUACUUCUGAACUCAGUCUGACAAUUCCAGAAAUUUUCUUUCUGCAUUUAGUAAAAAUAUUUCCUUUUUUAAAUCGAAUGUAACAAGAAAUAACCUUCGGCUCAUUCAUUCGCAUUUUCCUGUUUAUUCUUUGAAAUGGAAGAUAA